GUGUCUCUAUCCCCUAAGGGGCCCCGCCCGAAUGACAGGUUAAUCAACAAACAGCAUGGGUUCUUUCAGUGGUCUUGUGUUUUAGAUGUCCUCUUUUCAUUUACCUUAAAUUUAACGAAACUGGCGGUCAUGUCUUGGCGAUCGGUUUUGGAUUUUUACAGAAACUGCUCUCUUCUGAUCGUCUGUGGAUUCUUUGUAUCAGGAUGUCUGGCCAGUGGCUGGUUUAAGUGCUAUGAGUGCUCCUACAUGAACUAUGAUAGCAGUGACUACCGAUGCGUCACAAGUCCUGCCAACGCCACCAACGUUAGAGUCCGAGAAUGUAGGCAGGGCGCCGCCGAGACGUGCGUCACAAAAACAGUGUAUACAAAAGAUAGAACGCAGAUCUAUUUUAUGUACAGAAACUGCUCAGUGCCCGACUCAUUUGACUGUGGUAUAUCGUGUUGUGUGAAUGACAGCGUCCAUGACUUCACUUGUCAGAAGCAUUGCCGCGGUGAUUUCUGUAAUUUCGAGGACGAGAGUGUUCGAUUAGUUCAAACUCAAGCCCAUCAAACAGCACCCGGAAGUGGGGCGUUGUCCAUUUUACACAAAUUUAUUCGAAUGACCGUUUAUAUAAAGAAAAUUAAUGAAAUGCACCCUGCAUGCCGUGAGCACUUUGUAAUGUCAAAUGGGGCUUUGUAAAACAUCAAUGGUCGAUUGUUAAACAAUAGCUACUAAACCAUCUGACA